AUGAAGUUGAAGAAAACCCUACCGCGGGUGGAGCUCAUUGGGUCAGUACUGGCGGCCAAGCUGUUAACGGAUACCAAUCAAACCCUCAAUCUUAAGACACUCAGUCCCUUCCUGGAUGCAAUGCGGAGGAUAGCAGUGAUCAGUUGCGUAGUGGCGGUGGUGUACGGACAACAUGGAUAUGGGGGACAUGGGGGUGCACAGUCCUACGCCUCCCUUGUGUUAGGUGGUGGUGGACACUACGCAGCGGCACCAAUAGCCCUUCACUCGGCCCCACUCGCCCUUCAUUCUGCACCCCUUACCGCAAGUUAUGGACAUGCAGACCACCAAGACUACUAUGCUCACCCUAAGUACGAAUUUAACUAUGGAGUGAAGGACGGUCACACCGGUGACAUCAAGAGUCAACAUGAAGCACGUGACGGCGAUUCCGUCCAUGGAGAGUACUCCCUUCACGAAGCCGACGGUACAAUUCGUACAGUAAAAUACACAGCUGACGGCAAGAAUGGAUUCAAUGCCCAAGUUAUCCGAUCCGGACACGCUUCUCAUCCCCAAGCUUACGGAAAAUUGGGCCACUACUAAGCGUCACCGAUCUCAUCUCGCCAAUUUCAUUCUUCAUUAUCGUUUUAUUGUUACCUGUUGUAUAUACAUGUGUGCGUAUCUUUCUUUUUG